UAUCCAAAAUGGCGGUAGCAUCAGAACGUUCACCUUCGGGUUAUGAUGAGGAAUUCGUCAGUGAGGUUGAAGAAGACUUGCAGUGUUUAAUUUGCUAUCUACCGCUUAAGGAUCCUGUUCAAACAAGAUGCGGGCACAGAUUCUGCAAGGGAUGCCUCGACGAUCACUUUCGAAGGCAGGAAAUUCAGCGCUUGCCUUUGACUUGCCCUGCUGACAGGGAUGGUCUGGUUCGAGACCGGGAUGUUUUUCCUGACAAAGCAACAGAGAGAAAAAUUCUUUCUUUUAGUAUCAAAUGUCCAAGUGAAGAUUGUGAAUGGACUGGGGAACUUAGAGAAAAAGAGGUUCACUUGUCUUCUUGCGUUUAUAAAGCUGUCCCUUGUCCCAACUUAAACUGUCUCUUGAAGGUGCAAAGGCAACACCUCUCGUACCAUGUUAGCGUUUUCUGUGAGUGGAGAAUUGUCAAUUGCGAUCACUGUAGUGAACCACGACCACAGUGUCAUAUGCAGGAUCAUUUUGAUCAGUGCAGUCAGUUCCCAGUAACUUGUCCAAACAACUGCGGUUGUUCAGUCCCCAGGGGACUGCUAAGAUCAAACGCCCUCAAACGCGCUCCAACAGUACAAGUGUUUAUGCAUUUUAAGUGA